CUCUUAUGUCUCUCAAAAUCAAUUAAUAUAUACAAACUUGCUUGUUAGCUUAGCCAAACAAACCAAUCCCACUCUUUGAAUUUUAGUUGCUAACAACUCUUUCAAACUAUCAAUGGUAGUAGACAAAUUUGCAAAACUCUUAUUUAAGAAGAAUCGCCACAAAUGUCACCCUCAACCUAAUGAAGAAUUAUCAUCUUCACCACUGCAUGAUUUUGACUCCCAUGUAUCCAAAUACAUUGACCAAUUAGCAUUGGAAUUGACCAAUUAGCAUUAGUUAUCAUGGAUUCAAAGAUGUUUUGGCCUUUUUCCUAUCAUCAACAAUGUUUUUGCAAAGCUUCUUGUGGACAUUGAUUAUCCAAUGAGUCGAUGGGAGGUCGACUCCAUUGAAGGAUAUCUCAACUAUACCAAGAGUUUGUUGGACGUUCUGAAUUCCAUUUCUUCUUCUCUUUCUCAUCUUGGCCAUGCAAGGCUUUCUUUGGCUCAUGGUUUGACUUUGGUAGAGAAUAAGAAACCACUUUCUUUGGCUAGAAAGCAUUUGAAAGCGAUCCAACCAACGUGUUUUAGCAGCAACUUUGGUAAAUACUUUCACACACAAGAUGAUAUAGCAAAGAUUGUUUCGGGUAAGGACUUGAUUGUUCGGGAAGGUGUAAAAGAAAUGAAGAGUAUUGGAUUUUGGGUAUGUGGAGUUUUCUUGUCUUGUUUAUAUGGUGAUGCUAAGCCAUACACGGAGCUAAGAAAAAUUGGUGGUGGGUUUGAAAGUUGUAUAGUUUCCACACUUGAUCUUAAAAUCAGCGAAAAUUUAGUGAAGAAAAUCCCAUGCGUUAGUGAGAUCAAAGAGAUAAACAAUUUUGUUGCUCGCCUUGUUGCUGGUGAUGAAGUAAAAGAUGAUGCAACCAAUGAAUUUCAGAGAAAUCUGUGCGAUGUAGGGAAGAUAUUUGAUGAUAUAAGCACAGAGGUGAAUCAUCUAUUUGAUGAUGUGAUGACUCAAAGAACUGAAUUAGUUGAUGGCUUUCGACUCAAGAAAUAUCAAAAAUAAUCCAUUGUUUGAUUCUUUUAUGUAAAUAUCACUCGUUUGUAAUAAUUGUUUUUGUAUCGUUUCUUAAAUUGCAGAUAAUUUUAUAGUCUAGUGUAAUACUCAAUGAUUCACUUGCACACUGCAGGGUGUUUAAAAAGAUAAAUUCAAUAAC